UUAGUAGUUACAAACAACGAACAUUUUGUCUAAAAUGUGGGUCGGUUUGUAGAAAGAUGUUAAUGUCCAUAUUUCAGAAGAGGGAUUUGAUCCCGUGAGCUAUCUUUUUUAAUGACAUUUUGCAUCAUAUUUUUUUAUUUCUCGAUGAUGCAAAAUUAAGGGUUCAAACCGACAUAUGCGAUUUUAGAUAUGGUUGUGCUAUAACGAAAGACAUCUCCUUCUAACAAGCUAUAUAUCAAAGCUUAUACGCUCGAGCACGAGUUGGUGUCUUUUUCGUUCCUAGCGCUCAACCCAGCUCGACAACCAAAUUAGCUUUAGUUCAAGCAAUGACAAGAGAUGUUGAAUUAUAUUUGAUACGGUCCUUGGUUUCAGCCAUGAGUAGCCGCAGAGUUUUUGACCAUGAUGAAUUCAGUAGGCAUUUUGACGUGAUAUCCCGCCACCAAAACAAAUCUCUCAAGCACUUUCGAGUUUCUACAAUGCCAACUCGUUCUUGACAAUAUUUGUAACUCGCCCUUCGUUAUCUCGACCACCUUGAAACUGCGCCACUAUUUUACCGCAUUCAGAUUUACACGAUCAUUUCAGAGAGAGAGAGAGAGGGUGUUGGGUCUCCAUCAUUAUGGAUGGUACAUUUUUUUCCUUCUAUAUUGCACCUCAUAAUGAUGGAUGAUUUGGCUUCAAGUGGGCUUUAGAGAUACAACAGCCAACAGAAAAGGGAAUUUGGGAGGAAAAAUAAGAAUGGAAAAGGAAAUGGUCACGUUAGAACUUCCCACCUUAGAUUGGGUUUAUAUUCUUGCUUCCGUUGUACACUUGUCAGUUUCUUCGCUUCAUUCACAGGUUCUGUGCACAACUAGCAGAGAUAGAGAGAGAAAGCUCAGUGAUCGUUCUGAUCAGCUUGUCGGCCGGGCAAUUUCACAUGGGACCCGUUUCGCCCCAAAUCGGACCCCCGGCUUUCGUUUCACCAGAACAGUGAUCAGCAGCAGCGAAACGAAAAGAAAACACACCACUCUCCUUCUCGCCCUCUCUCCUCAUCUUUCUUCUUCCCCUGUUUCCAUGUGCCACACAUUCUCUCACUCUCUGCCUCCUCCUUCUUCUUCCGCCUGUGCCGUUUCCGCCAGCGAUACCUGAACUGUGAAUCCGCCGUCCCCAAACGACAUUACGCUGUCAAUUUGAAACCCUGAUCUUCCUUUGUUUUUCUUCACCAGAAAAGGAGGCAACAAAUGGAUCCCAGAACUCUGCUUGAUCACGCUCUGUUCCAGCUCACUCCAACAAGAACCAGAUGUGAUUUGGUGAUAUUUGCUGUCGCCGGUGGCGGCGGGAGCGAGAAAUUGGCAUCUGGGCUUCUGGAGCCAUUCGUCUGUCACUUGAAAACAGCCAGAGAUCAGAUUUCUAAAGGAGGCUACUCCAUUAUUCUCCGUCCUUCUUCCUCCCCCAAUUCGUCCUGGUUCACUAAGGCAACUCUGCAGAGAUUCGUUCGGUUUGUGAACACCCCAGAAGUUCUUGAGAGAUUCGUAACUAUUGAAAGGGAACUUGACCAGAUUGAGAGUUCAGUUCAGUCCAAUGAGCUCUCCAAUGUUGAUGCAGAUGGAAAUUACAAGCCGACUGCCUCGUCUAAGAAUUCAGUUGGUGAUGCUGCAUCAGAGGAGAAUUCAAAAGUGCAUCUUCAGCGUGCUUUGGAAUCUAGGAAAUCUAUCAUACGCAAAGAGCAAGCAAUGGCCUAUGCUCGUGCUUUGGUCACAGGAUUCGAGCUUGACUGUAUUUAUGAUCUUAUAUCUUUUGCUGAUGCUUUUGGAGCUUCACGGUUAAGGGAAGCAUGCAUAAACUUCAUGGAGUUAUGCAAGAAGAAGAAUCAAGAUCGAUUUUGGAUGGACGAAGUUGUGGCUAUGCAAGCCGCUCAGCUGGAGUUGCCUUCUCUAAGAAGUUCCGGAAUUAUACUUGCAGGAGAGGAAAGCUACCCUGGCGGCCAGUUGUCCGGUGGGAGACUCAAUGGCUCAAAUGAUGCAUCUGAGACAGCAACUAGUCUAGGAAGUGUUGACCUCAGCCAAGAUUGUAGUUUGCCACCAUCAGCAGAUGGCAGGGGUCAAGUGCCAGUGCCUUGGCCAAAUCAUCAUCCUCACUAUGUGCACAAUUUCCAAGGACCAGUCUACCAGCAGAUGGGCCCAUAUCAAGGCUACGGCUUCCCUGGUGCACAGUUUCCAUCUCCAUAUUUUCCAGGGAACAUGCAAUGGCCUCCAACUGCAGAUGACUCCAACUUUUCAUCUUCAAGGAACAGGAAGAAGUCUUCUUCACGUGCAGAUUCAAACCGAGAAGAUGACUCCCCUGGCACUGGUUCUAGCUCGAACAACGAGUCAGAUGGUAACGAGCACAAUGGUAGACAGUUGUCCUCUGAUGAGAAUGUCCGGAGGAAAAAGCAUGGCAAGAAGAAGUCGUCAAGAAGAACAGUUGUCAUCCGUAACAUUAACUACAUUACUUCCAAGAGGGAUGGGGAAAAGAGUACUGGGGAAACAUCUGAUGAUGAAGAUGAUGAGUUCAUUGAUGGAGAAGCUCUGAAGCAGCAGGUGGAAGAUGCUGUAGGUUCUUUGGAGAGACGAAGUAAGUCAACUUCUUCACGUCGCCAUAAGAAAUCACAACAUAACAAUAAUGCCUCUGAUCAAGAAAACACCAACAUGAACGCAAAGAAUCUAGAUGGGCAAGGAAAGGACCAGUGGGGUGCCUUCCAGAGCCUUCUCUUGAAGGACAAUGAUGCAGACUCAUCGGAAUUUAACAUGGAAUCUGAGAAUGUGGUGCAAAUGGUCGUGGCUUAUUGCUCAAGAAGGGGGAUGACUCGUAUGAUGAGCUGUUAUUUUCUCAAAGAAAAGAUAAAUCAGAGACAAGCUGCAGUUUCUGAUUACUCUUCCGAAUCACGAUUAAUCAAAGUUCAGAAAGAAGGAGAUUGGCUUGUUGGAAACCAGAUUGACAAAUCAGUCAACAAGAAUGGCAGUGGGGACAUCAGCCUGUUUGAUGGUGAUCAUUUUCGAGAUGAGAAAAAAAAUAACAAGGAUGUUAUGGCUGAUGAUUCAUUUAUGAUCCAAGCCCGAUCCUUCGGAAAUGAAGCUUCUGAUUCUGUAUUAAGAACCGACAUAAGCAUGGUGGGAGAUGUGUCUGAAGUUGUUCAAUGUGAUAAUGGUACUGUAGAUAAAGCUAAAGGAUUUAGUAAUUCCUGUGAGCCAGACGACCUUUUUAUGGUGCUUGGGCGUGAUUCGGCAGCUGAUCAGCAUACCAUCCCUUCUUGGACCCCGGAGAUAGAUUAUCAAAAUGACAUUUUAUCUGCAGAAGCCAACCGAAAGAGAUCCCCUGUGGAGAAAAGUGCCACUGAGGAUGAAGUUGUUCCUGUCAGUAAGAAGACUAAUGGUAAGUCAAAAGUUUCCAAUGGACCUCUUGGAAGAAGCAAAUCGGAAAUUCCAUCAAGGACUAAGAAACCACCUCUUGGAAGCAGAACCACAAUUCCAAAGAGCAAAUCCGAGAGGGAAGAAGAGAGUAGGAAAAGAGUGGAGGCAUUAAAGCUCGAACGUCAGAAGAGAAUUGCAGCGAGGGGUUCUGCCAGCAGUAGCAGUCCACUGACAGCAUCUAGGAGAAACUCUACUGGAACAUCAAAAGACAGGAAGCCCAAAAUACAGUCUCCAAGUUCAAGCCAAGAUGGUAAGAAGACGGUUUUCAGAAGUUCUACAAUUGAUCGCCUUGCUGCUGCUCGGACAACACCAAAGGUGGAAUCAACAACUCAAUCAAAAUCAAAAAGUGCAGUGUCGAAAGCAAAUGUCCUUCAGCAGAAGGGUGCUGCUGGAGAUAAGAAUAAGAAUCCAAGUGCGAAACCUAUGAAAUCUGAUGUCACGCAAAAGAAAAUCACUGCACAGAAAUCAACAGAAUUAUUACUUGCUGCACAAGCUACUCCACCAUCUAAUGAUACUGCUGACUUGAUUGAGAUCAAGGAGUUGGAAAGAUUACCGGUGGAGAAGAAUGAAGAAAGCACUGUGAAUCUUAGUAAUGGUACUGAUGGAAAAGGCUGCAAUGGUGCUUCAAUUCUAAUUGAACCCUCUGCUGACACGACUCCCUUAAAGGGCGACACUCCAGCAGCUCCAACUCUUGCUAAAGGUGGACUGGCUUCUUCUGAUGAUCUUAUGGAGGAUAUUUCUGGAGUCAUGAUACAUCCUACGCCAGAGUCACCUGAUAAACAGCCGAACCAGUAUGCGGCUAAUGUAGUCGAGGAUGAGAAGAGAAAUGUGCAUCUAGCUUUGCCACAGCGCUCCGAGAUAGAGAAAUCCACUCCCCCACCUAACGAAGUAAAUCCAGAAUCUAUUCACACAAGAAAGAAAUGGAACAGUGGCGAAACCUCUCCGAAAGGCGCAAAAGGAUUCCGAAAACUCCUCUUUUUUGCAAAGAAAGGUUAGAGGGAUGACUGGGAUUUAAUAAGCACUUAAUGGCGAAACUCAGUUGCCGGGGCUCGAAAAAAAUCCAGGUAAUUUCCUCUCCAGUCCCACCAUAUGAGGAAAACAGAGCAAGUAAAUGACACUGUAAAUAGAAGAGCGAGUGGUAGAUGAUUUUGUAUUGGUUUUAUUGGGAAAUAAGGAUUGGGGCUUUGCUGCCAUGUUUGAAGAUAAAAAUCUCUUGCAAGUUUUAAGUUAAGUGGCUUCUAUUCCAAGUCAUAAGUUUUCAUGGGGUAAAGGUUUUUGCUUCCAGGAAGGGCUUUCCUGAUCGUUUGUUUUGGGUUUCGGACAUUGAUUUGAGGUGCAUUGUGAUGUAAUUGUCAUUCAGCUUUUUUCAUGUUAUGUACUGUAAACACCUUUAUAAUGAUUUGUUACUUGCUAAUCGUUUUUUACAAUGAUUUAUUUAUGUACACUAGCAAAGAUCCGCUCGCUACGCUUCGCACAUAUAUGUGAGAUCAUAUCAGGUUUGAAUUAGUACAUAAUUAUUAGAAAUUAGUAAUAGACAAUAAUAAAGGGC